AUGAAGUUCCUCCAGAAGAACAUCUUCAGCAAGUUUGGUGUUCCUCAGACAUUGAUUAGUGAUGGAGGUACUCAUUUCUGCAAUAGACAGCUUGACUCUGUUCUAAGCCAUUACAGAGUUUGCCAUAAAGUGGCAACACCAUACCAUCCUCAAAAAAAUGGGCAGGCUGAAGUCUCAAAUAGAGCAUUAAAGCGAAUCCUGAAGAGGACAGUAAGUGCCUCUAGAAAGGAUUGGGCUAGAAAGUUUGAUGAUGCUCUAUGGACAUACAGAAUAGCUUUUAAGACCCCUAUAGGAACAUCCCCAUAUCAAUUGGUAUAUGGGAAAUUCUGUCAUCUGCCAGUGAAACUGGAACACAAGGCCUAUUGGGCAACCAGAUUCCUCAACCUUGAUGCUAAAGCAGCAGGAGAAAAAUGGCUGCUCCAACUAAAUGAGCUAUAUGAAUUCCACUUAGCUGCAUUUGAAAAUGCAAAGAUCUAUAAAGAAAAAGAAAAAAGGUGA